AUGUUUGACGCGGCCACAGCCCAACACAAGUCCACGUCCCUGCCCCCGCACCCUCGCCCUCGACAAGCUGCGAUCCCACCGCCUCCCCUCGUCGACGCUCCCUCGCCUCUGCCUCCUCGACCAGCCCAGCCCGGCUCGUCGAGCCCACGCCUUGCGAACAGCCCCGAGCGCGAGCCGCCAACGCGGUCGCGCUCGGCGCAGCUUCCGCCCCCGCCCUCACCUGUCGACCAGCCCCGAGCCCGAGCCGCCAACGCGGUCGGGCUCGUUGCCGCAUUCCACCCUGCCCCCGCCCUUCGACCCGCCGCCCAGCCCGAGCCGCCAACGCGGUCGGGCUCGGCGCCGCAUUCCACACCGCCCCCGCCCUUCGACCCGCCGCCGCGCCCGACACCGACAUCGACGACUUCGCCCUCGAAGACGACGACGACCGAUCCGGCUCGUUCGCCAUGCCCUCCACCUCGACGCACUGGCCGUGCACCAGCCCCACCGGCAUCGCCGCCUGGGCCGCCCUAG